UCUUACGCUGCCUAACUGCGUCAGCGGAAGUAUUUUGAAUGUACGUAAGCUACUGUAGGUCACAUUUGUUUUGAGACACAUUACCACAAUGGAGGCAGCUAGCACAGAGGAGAUCCAACUGAGGCAUGUGGAGAAAGAUGUCCUUAUCCCCAAAAUGAUGAGGGAGAAAGCCAAGGAGCGCUGUGCUCAGAAAGUUGAAGCCUUCAACCACUGCUGUAAAGAGACUGGUUUCUUAAUGGUGUUUAAGUGUCGAGAGGAGAAUGCAGCACUGAAGGAAUGUCUGACAAUACACUACAAGGACCCUGCGUUCUUCGAGCUGUGUAAGCAGGAGUACAUCCAAGAGAAGCUGGAGUUUGAGAGGACAGGGGUCCCAACAAAGAACAGGAAACAAAAAGUCCCAACUAGCAUGUAAUGAAUGACACGACACCCAAACAACUUCCCUGGUGCAGAGUGUGAGCCAGAACCAGCACCAAUUCCUACAGACCCAGAACACAUGGUCAUCUGGCAGGGCUUAUAAAUUUUAAAGGCACAAGCCUGUGUAUUUAAUUUAAAUAUGUGGAGUGACUAAAACUGGUUUGGUGUGCAAGAGUGGAAUAUAAUUUAAAAAAGUCUAUUUUUUGGUUCUGUAUAUUUGCAAAAUGUUCUCCAUCAGAUGGCCAACAUGAUCUUCUUAUCAGCAUUUGCAUUACAUUUACCAAUGAGCUUAUUGAUUGAUAGAAUAUGUUGAUCUGAUCAUACAGUCCCCUCCUGUACCUAAAGCCAGAAGAUCUUCUUUAGAGUGCAGAGCUUUAGCUUCAGAUGUGUACGAUCAAAUUGAGGGAUGUUCAAUAUCUGCUGAACACUUUGUUGUGUCUGUGUGUCUUUGGUAAUGAAGAGUCCUGUUUGUUGCCUUUGCUUGGGCCAACAGUUCUGGUAAAUCAUCUGCACAAGAAAGUAGAAGGCCUCCUUUAACAAAUUUUUUUUUCCAAGAGACACUCAUGCACUAUAUGUACGAGAGCUCUGACUAAGCAAUGAACCAUGUGUGGUAAUGUGACAUAUGCAAUGAAUUGUGACAUUGUAAAUAAAAAUAUUCAGUAGCAGUA